UCGAUAGUGACGGCGUUCAGCGAUGACUGACGCAGUUUUCAAGCAAUAGCCGUAGUGAAAACACAGCUCCCUACAAUCGGAUGGGUGGUAAAGGCAAGAAAAAGAAGGGAGCCAAGGAUUCGUCCGGCGGGGGCGCUACUGGGACCGGUCCAGCAGGAAGUGGUGGCGGAGGUGGACCUAGUACUCCAGCAAAAGACAAACCAGAGGCGGAGGAGGGCGACGAAGAGGAUGGUGAGGCAAAACCCAAAAAGGGCAAGGGCAAGAAGGGCAAAGGCAAGGGCAGCAAGUCGUCUAAGUACCAGGGUGACAUAUUCAACGAGGCGGCAAUGGAGAACGCGUACUACAUCUGUCACAACAUCCAGGAUGUACUCAAGUCACGUGGGUUCGCCUGGCCCGAUGGUCAAAAGAAGAAGAAGAAGGGGAAAAAGUAAAUGAGGAGGCCGACGUUGCCCAAUCACGGAUAGAGAUCGUUAACAGAAGGCGUUUCAUCCAUUUUAAAGAAUUAUUAUUUUUGGAAGGAAAUCUCCUGUGUUCAGAAGUGUGUAAAUAAAACUAAACGAUCAGCAGCGUCGCUUAA